GUGUGUGUUGUGUGAAAUUCAACAAUAGUUAGUAAACAAGUUCUUCUCGAGUUGUUUUAGCACAUUCCAUAGGAGAGAGACAUCAGACUUUUACUUCCCUAACCUCAUAGUGUCGACAUGGUUUGCCAGAAAGAUGCUUUGGUGCAGAAAGUCUGCGAUUUCUAUGAGAAGAUCUCAAGCCUUGAGAGCCUCAAGCCCUCCAAAGAUGUCGACAUGCUGCUUACACAGCUCGUUCUCACGUGCAUCCCACCAAAUCCAAUUGAUGUAACAAAGCUGUGCAAAAGAGUUCAAGAAAUGAGGUCCAAGCUCAUUACACUUUGUGGAGAAGCUGAAGGGCAUCUAGAGAGCCACUAUUCGACAAUCCUAGGUUCCUUUGACAACCCUCUUGACCAUCUCAACAUCUUCCCAUACUUUAAUAAUUACCUUAAACUCGGCCGGCUGGAAUUCAACAUCCUCAGCCAGCACCUGACCAAUAUCAAAGUCCCAAGUCGAAUUGCAUUCGUGGGCUCAGGUCCCCUGCCUCUUACUUCAAUUGUCUUGGCUUCUUAUCACCUGACUACUACUUCCUUUCACAACUAUGAUAUUGACCCUUCCGCCAAUUCCAUGGCGUCCCGCCUCCUUGCAUCUGAUCCUGACUUGUCCAAACGAAUGUUUUUCCACACCAAAGAUGUUAUGGAUGUUACAAGCAGUGAGUUGAAGGAGUACGACGUUGUGUUUUUGGCAGCCCUGGUGGGCAUGGACAAGGAGGAAAAAGUUCGAGUUAUCGAUCAUUUGGCCAAGAACAUGGCUCCAGGGGCAAUCUUGAUGCUCAGAAGCGCUCACGGAGCAAGAGCUUUUCUCUAUCCAAUUGUUGAGCCUCGCGACCUUCAAGGUUUUGAGGUACUCUCAGUUUUUCAUCCCACGGAUGAGGUGAUUAAUUCGGUCGUUAUUGCCCGGAAGCUUUCAGUUGGAAUGCCUGUUCAGUCACUGGAUCAGGGACUUGGAGCUCAUGUGAUGUUGCCAUGCAAAUGUGCUGAGAUUCCAGCCUUCAAUCCCCUUAAUAAAAUGAACAUGAUUGAAGAAUUUGCAGCUGAGGAUCGUCUUCUGUGAAUUGUCUCUGAUCUCACUUUCUCCUAAAAGAUAUAUUCUGGCGAUGCUGUCCCUUGAUGGAAUUGCUUUUGUUGCUUUUGGCCUUUUCUAUGUCUCUCCCUAACUGUUUGAUCCACUUCAAACAAUGUGCCCAUUUGUGCCCUUAUGUAGUGAUUUCUUGAAAUAACAGAAGUAUUACCCCUUGUUUCAAAAAUUUGUACUAGUACUAUAUAGCUAUAUGUGUACCUCUUCUCUAGUAAUCUAUGAAUUCAAUAAUGUUUAUGCGGUUGCAAGUCCAUGAUUGCUGCCCCAUUCCCUCUA